AAUUUGUAUCUGUUUAUUUAUUGCAUUUAUUAACAUCUUUAGAAAUUAUUAAUUUCAACAGCUUCAAGUUUUAUUAUUCAAUAUGCCUGAAAUACUCACCACUAUUCCACCUCUAACUUUGGCCAUUGAAAAUUUAAGCGAAACGGACGGAGUCUCUACUGAUCGAUCAAUAACCUCUACUAAUGGAAUUCCGAGCCCUAUUGGGGAGCUUCGAGGCCCUCUUGAGAAUUCAACUAGGUGUGAAAAAAAUCCGAUGCAUACAUGUAAGAUUAAAAAGUCGCGCAAAUCUAUUGGACGACGAAAUCAAAAAAAAGUGGCUUUAAAAGUUGGUGUGCAGCAAAAGAACACUACUACGCUUUGUUUGAAAUCUCAAAUUCCUCGUGUCCCGUUACGAAAGCCGUCCCCAUCGUCCACUUUAUCUAAAACAAACGUCUUCUGCACCUUAUCUCCAAGGUUAAAAGUUCAGAUAGACAAUCCUGAAUACAAGCUCAAAAAACAAACGACAAUAUCUGAAACUGAAGUGCAGCCUCUGACCACUCCAAAUUUGGUACAACUGCAGCAGUGUAGAAAUCAUAUUUCCCGUAAUCUCGAACUUGCCCCGAGAACAUCAAACUCAUCUACAACUCAACUCUACUUGCGAGGUCAAAAUACAGCAGCUAUUUUGAAUUUUCGUUUCCGCAAGUCGAUUACGCAAAUGGAUUUGAAGCGAACUCGUCGGGACAAUGCCAACAAUUACUCGUUAUUAGCUUCCACACAAUCGCAAUCGCUGGGUGGACUUUCAACAAAUCCCAGUGCUUUAAUGCCGAAUAGAACCUCUGAUAUAGCAGGUCUCAUGGGCGUAUCCAGCCAAACUUCAUUGGUAAACAAAAUGUUCGAUCAGAACAAUUAUUAUUAUGUAAUUCAGGAUCGCGAUCCAAAGGUAGCCGGAAUGCGUAUUUUUGCAACAAUCAUGUUAAAUGCCUGGCGAAAGCGGCGAGACGAAGUAAAACGGCUUAUGGAGGAGGUAAACAACCUAAAACGUGGUUCAAUUAAAGCGAAGAACCAGCUCCAUGUGUUCAAUACCCUCUUUCGUGUUGAACAGAAACGCAAUGAUGAGCUUAGUGUUCAGCUGAAACGAUCCUUAGAAGAUAUAAACAACACCAAAUCUUCUUGCGAGAGUCUCACGACUUCAUUGAUUAGUUUAAAGGCGGACAAAGCGCUACUCGAACAACAAAUCCAAAUCAAAGAACAAGAAUUCGACGGUCUCAAUGCAAUACUUUCUCAGACAAAGUCUGACCUAUUUAAAGCAAUGGCUCAACAGAGGGAGUUACAGGCGAAUUUGUCCAGUGAGCAACGUAAAGUGCAAGCCCUAGAAGCACAGAAGAAAGAAUUAAUUAAUGAAAUUUGUGAAGUAAAUAAUGAAUCCUUGCAAAAGGAAGAAAAGUUACAGAAUGAAAUUAAGGAGAAGAACGAUGCUUUAACCACUGCGCUCACUAAGCUGGAGUCGUUUGAAUGGGAAAUAAAUGAAUUGAAACAGAAAACACUGAUUUUGGACAAUUGCUUGGAAGUGGAGUCACAUUUGCGCAAAGAAGUCGCAAAUCUAUCCCGCGAAGUAGAAACUCUGCAACAAUGUUUGGCUGCUACAUUGGGAAACCGUAUACGUAGUUGCUGGAACAAUUCGAUUGCAUAUCAACGUGCCACUCUGCAUCUGGUGCAUUGGAUUGCUUAUUGUACACUACCCGCGACACCAAAACCGAAGAUUACAACAUUUCCGUUUGGCCUCACACUCGAAAAGGCACUAAAUAUUGUUAAACGUUAG